CCAACAGCUGCAGUGUGGUAUAACUUAUGUAUAAUAACAAGACCUUUGUAAAGAUUACAGUUUGUUGGUAUGUGAUAUAGAUAAGAAGCAAUGAAGCCAUCGCCAUAGUAAGUAAACACAGUCAUCACUCCCACAAGUUUGCCCCUGCUCCUUUGUAAGCCUUGUGUCCGCCCUGUCCUUCAUGAGGAGGCAUUUGAGAGAUGUGCUUAUAUCCUCCUGGAGGCUGGUUGAAGGUUUAUAAAGAUGAUUCUUUGUAACAGAGAUUAUAAAUGUCUUUGCUAUUCCUCAUUGUCUCAAAUAUUAUUUCAGCUUGUCCAUAUUUUGGCUGGCCAUUUCCCUUUUGGCUCUCGUGUAUUUGGGAUUCUGUGGAAGCUUACCAUUAUUACUGCCACCCUUGCAAUUUGUGCAUGUCUGGUUUACCUCUGGAGAGUUGUCCUUGCUAUAGAGCCUCAAGUAUAUCAAGUUAAUUUACAGCAAAUAACUGAAAAGAUCAACACAGUGAAGAAAGAAAACAGAGAACUGGCUGAAGCAAUAUCCAUUUGGGAACAGAAGAUCAGUGAAUCAAAGAUACGUCUUCAAGAAGCUGAGAGAAGAAGUAACAUUCACUCCGCUGAAGCUCUUAAAUUGAAAUCACAAGAUGCGAACGGUCAAUUUGAGGAUCCAGAACUGAGAGCCGUGACGUCCAAUAACUGUGAACUGGAAGAAAGUAAAAAGGCCCUGGAGGAUAAGUGUAAUGCAUUGAGGUCUGCGAAAGCAGCCAAGGAAGCCAAAGUCAGACAGUUGAAGGAGAAAGCAGGCAUCCUUGAAGAAUUCUAUGAAGAAAGAAAAGUGGCUAUAGAAAAAAAGCUGGAUACGAUGAACUGUGAACUAGCUGCAGUGAAGAAUCAGAUGGCAACUGCAGAAGAAAAUCUGAAAAUAGCUACAGAGGAAAUACACAAGUACAAGCAACAAAUUGAACAAAGACGAGAACAGCUGCAACGGGCAGAGCUCACCUUCAGACACCAGAUCGCAGUUUAUGAGAAGACUGCUCAGCACAACUGGAUCAAGACUCAGAUCUGGGAGAGGGCGAUGGCGGAGGAGAGGAGGGAGGCGGCCCACUUGAAACACAGACUGGACAUGAUGGAAGGAAAGAGGCUGCUUGAGGGAUACAUGAGGCAGAAACCAAUGCCUGGAAGACCACAGACCCAGAACCCUCCAAGGAGAGAGCCUUUAGCCGAUCCAGAAGCUGGUGUCGCUCCCAUAAGUCAUGACAAACACUCUACCAAAAAUGCAGAAAAGGACAAGGGCAGCGUGGAUCCAUGGGGACCUCCUCUGUUAACUGGAAGAUUCUGCACACCCUACCCUAGAGGUCCCCCCAUGGGCUAUAGGGCAUGUCCACCUCCUGAACCUUGGUGGCCCUGGGGACCACCCCGGACCUCUCUACCUACACCGCGUGGCCAUUAUGUAUGCAAGAGGGCCUGGUCCUUUCCCAGGAUGGCCUUGCAGGCCCUACCACAUGGACCGCCCCUUAUCACCAGCCAUGGGCUGUGGGCCACCUCCCCCUCCUCCACCAGCUCCUCCACCUACUCCAUUUGGACAACUUGAACUUUGAAGAGGACCCUAAACUGUGACCAAUAGGCUGUGGCAAUGUGAUAUAUUGAGAAAAGUUGUCUGAUACGCGUAUUUGAAUGAAUCCUUUCCCUCACCAUUCCUGUCCCCUCUAUUUUGUCUGUACUCGUUUCCUGUAAUAAACCCAUCAUA